AUGAGUGAUGUAGGGACCGAUAACUGGGUAUUCAAAGUCUACUACUACUGUUUACAAGUGCAUGGAAUACCCUUGAAUGGUUCCACUAUCGGCACCCUCGAGAAUGGCGUAGAUUUGUGCCCUCAGGUGGACGAACUUGUUCCCGAGAAGAAUGGAGUGGUCUGGGAAAGUAUUCAACACGUGUACAGUACUGAAGAGUUCAAAACGAGAGCUAUAGACUGGCUUGGGGGAGCUGUGCGAAUUCCCACAGAAACGUUCGAUGACAUGGGAGAUGUGACAGAGCCCAUUUGGGAGAAGUUUUUCCCGUUACAUGAUUAUCUGAAAGACUCAUUCCCUUUACUGUACUUCACAUCGUGUGCCAGUCACUCAAACUUGGAACUUACGAAAGUCAACACAUACGGACUGUUAUACGUAUGGAAAGGCUCAGACAGUGCUUUGAUGCCACUCCUCCUCGCUGCUCACCAGGACGUGGUCCCUGUGUCAGAAACGACAAUCAAUGAAUGGCAGCAUCCUCCAUUCUCCGGUUACUUUGAUGGGGAGAGUCUUUGGGGUCACGGGUCGUGCGAUGAUAAGAGCGGUCUAAUCAGGAUCAUGUCUGCGAUUGAAUCUAUGCUAGAGAACGGCUUCAAGCCGACUCGCACAGUUGUGAUCGCGUCAGGAUUUGACGAGGAAGUAAGUGGAAUACGGGGUGCGUCUUCCCUAGCUACCGAAAUGAUAGAGAGAUUUGGAGAAAAUGCCUUUGCCAUGCUUCUCGACAAAGGCUCCGGGUACGGUGAGGUAUAUGGUCGUGUUAUUGCAGUACCUGCAAUUGCCGAGAAAGGUACCUUGAACGUCCAAAUCAAAGUUACAUCUCCCGGUGGCCAUUCUAGCCUUCCUCCACCUCAUACAAGCAUCGGUAUGCUUGCAGAGCUCCUUGUGCAGUAUGAGAAAAACCCCUUCGAGACCCACUUGACAAGAGGAUCACCGACUUACAGGAACGCUCAAUGCAUGGCUCAAUACGCUCCAGGCGUCAGUUCCUCGUUAAAGGAACACAUGUUGCAUGCAGAGCACUGCGAUGAAGCGCUUCGUGCCGCUCAGGAGGAACUCUUUAAGGACCGUACUUUCAUGAGUCUUGUCGGCACUACUCAAGCUAUCGAUCUCGUGGACGGUGGAGUGAAGGUAAACGCUCUCCCAGAACAGGCGUGGGCCAUUGUGAAUCACCGGAUUUCUACAGAAAGUUCUAUUGCCGCCACAAAAGUGCGCAACAUCGAAUUGUUGAAAUCUCUCGCAAACAACUUCAAUCUGUCUUACACGGCUUUUGGUAGCUAUGUUUCCAAUGAGGAUGCGCCUUCAUAUGGCGCCUUGACCCUUUCCACUGCGUUUGGUGACGGCUUGGAGCCAGCACCAGUCACUCCGUCUGGCGAAGAUGCUGCACUGUUUCGGCUUUUAUCUGGGACUAUCAAAGCAGCCUACAACUCCCAUAUAAAUAUUUCUGGUUCAGAUGCAAUCAUUGUGAGCCCAGGCAUCAUGUCCGGUAACACAGAUACACGGUUCUAUUGGAAGUUGACUGACCAUAUUUUCCGGUAUGGUCACCUUGAGGCAGCCGGAUCACUGUUGUUCAAUUCCCCGCUGUUCGUCUUGGUCGCCAUCGAAGGAUGCUCCUCCUGCGUAGGAGCAUUUACAGAUGUUGCAUUCAAUGCAGCCACAUCUCCAAUAAUAACUGCUGUCUGA